AUGUCACAAUAUUACAUUCGUCAAUAUGGUCCAUUAAUUCCUAAUAUCAAUCAAUUUAUUAAUGUACGUACAUUAAUAAUUCAUUAUCCAUCAUCCGAUCAAUUAAAACAAAUAGAACCAACAAUAUUUAAAUAUUUAACGUGUCUAUGCAUUCAAUAUUCACCAUGUGUUUCAAAACAAUAUGAACAUUUAUUCUCACGUCAGUUUUAUUUAUUAAAAAAAUGUCAUUUAUCAUAUAUCAAUGAAAUGAUAACAAUAAUAACAUCAACAUCAAAUAUUCAAUCGCUUACGAUUUCCAGAUGUAAUAAAAACGACUUGUAUCUAAUCAUCAAAUAUUUAGGACAAUUAAAAUAUUUGUCUGUUGGUCUUAUCGAAGAUGCAACAUUAGCAACGAUAACACUAAACCAUUUACCAUCUAUAAUAUCUAGAAAGUUAACUACAUUAAAACUAGUAAUUGAUCAAUAUCAAAUGCAUUUUUAUGAAUUUGAAUAUAUAGCAUCUUGGGUACCAAAUUUAAAUUAUUUAUUUAUUAAAUCAUGUUAUAAUGAGCAUUUAGAUUUUAAUCGAUGGCAGCAUGUAUUAUCAGCAAAGUUAUUAAAAUUACUUCAAUUUGAUUGUUAUUUUAAUAUAGAUACAAAGCCUAUAAUUAUUCCAGAUAUAAAUCAAAUACGCCAAAAUCCGCUCUUCACUGAAAUUAAAUGUGACGAUAGUGGAGAAGGUAUUUGUUUUUAUACAAAUAAGAAUGCAAUUCCAAAAUUUUAUGGGUGGUAA